GAGAGGAAGGGAGCAGGCUGCUGAGUAUUGGCUGGUACUGCAGUGAGAGGAAAGAGAGAGGAGAGAGAGAGCUGCUGGAAAGCCAUAAUGGUCUCUGGCGCGUGCAGCGGUGCUGAUCUGCACACUUUAUGUCACUGAGCUGCUCUGCCUUCCUCUCUUUACAGACACACACACACAUGUACACGUCGUCAGCACUGCUCUAGCGCAGCCUAAGAGGAUCCGUCUUGUGGAUUACUGCUGGACCGUCUGUCUUCUGUCCUGAUAGACUGCACACUUGAUCCUGAUUUUCUCUCUGGAAGCGCUUCAUUACCCUACGCUGGAUUACAUUGCAUUUCAGAGCUGCAUAAGGAAGAAGGGAGGACGAGAAAGAUAAAGAGGUGGUGGCUCAUCACCAGUUGCCUUUUCUCUGCCUAAAGGCAACCGGCUUUCUUCCACAUAAAAAGGAAUACACCCUGGACUUGGGUUUGUCAGGGCUUGAAGGAAUAUGGAUACAUCUCACACAUCUCACAUAUCUUGUUCAUUCACUAGUAAACCAUGACUGAGCUUCAAUAACAAUCUUGCUAUAAACGCCAUUAUUCAUUCUCACCCACUGCAUCGUAUCAUGCUUUUCAUACGACUCUCUGUUACACAAUGAACUGUGUAUUUGAUGCCGUACACACCAAAGGAGUUAGUCCUAAAUCUGUAGAGCCAUAAAGAGACAGGGAGUGAAAGAGAUAGAGAGGAAGAGUGUGAAAGAGGGAGUCAGGGGGGAAGCAGUGGGGGACUGCCUCAGACGUGCUCUGACAGGUGCAUUCACUCAUCCAGUCUCUGGCAUGCACACUCUGCAGUUAGUGAGAAGGAGAGAAGAUGUGAUUGCUGAAUGACAGGGAUCUGUAUUGAAGAGAGUCAGAGUGUGGAACAGAGAGGGCAUUCCAUAUUCUUAGUUCAGAAAGAGACAUCUUUAAUUGCUCUAUUGGCACUAUAAGAGAUGCUUCAUGAAAAAAAGCUUCUGAAACAUGUCUGGAAAAAUGGACAGUAUAUUUGCAAAGGAUAAGUAAAGCAAAAGACUAAGAAAGUAAAGCAAAACUCAACAGGUCACGUGCUAUUCCACUGACAGGUUGUAGGACGUCAAUUAGUGAAAGGCGACAUAUACAUGCUAUAGAAACAUAAUAGACUGCACAUAACUGGACUUUCUGAUAAAAGCACAAUGAAUCCAAGACAGCAGUUAUUUCAGCUGGGAAUUCAGAGAUCUGGCUGGUAAACACAGCAUAUAUUGCAGGCAGUAUUAAUAUCUUCUUUAACUAAACAGAUUAUGAAGUGUGAGUAAAUGCACAAGGGACUUGAUAUGGAUGCAAACAAAAUUUAUAACCAAGAUAUAAGUUGCUUGAAGCAUAUUGUUAUAUAAUAAGGGUUUGCCUCAAGGACUUCAUUUCAUUUCAUUUCAUUUCAUAGUAUUCAAUCAUUUACAUUGCUAUGUUGACAGAAGGAGACAAUAAAUCAUGAUAUAAUGGCAAAAGCACAAAUACACUACACAACCACAGUGUUUUUGAGUGCCUGGAUUUAACCAAUACACUAAACCACAAACCAUUGCUUCCAUCCUCCCUGCCCAGUCCUUCUACAAGAGACUUGACUGUCACUCCUGGACUUUUCUGAAGGCAUUCUCUCAUCCUGCCUUGCCGUUUGGUAUUCUGACUGAAGAAGAGGAACAGACUGAGAACACAACUCCAAAGGCUUUUCAUGGAAAGCAGAGUCUUAACCUGUAGGGAGAGAUCUCCAGAACUCAACUAAGACCUUGUUCCUUUUCAUAGCAGAGAACCAGAGGUUAAAAAACUCAACUCAAACCAAGAUGGGCUGUAACAUGUGUGUAGUAAACCGACCCGAGGAGCAGUACAGGAUUAUGUUCCAGAAGGGCAACAUGAUGCGUCCCAUUGAUGCUGAAAUAAAGCUUAAAGGUAGAAGAACCUCUCACCUAUCCCAAGAUAAGGAUGGCCAUUCCCAUGAUCCCCUGUUGCUUCAAGUGGUCCGGAAGGGACACAGGAGGAAAGCAGGAACUGCCACAGGAAGUGCCAGACUUAUGGCCAUCACAGACUGUGUGGACAACUCCACACAGACAGACAUCAGCUUUCAGAACUUUCUGGGUGCUGGUCGAGGGAACUACACUGGCUGCAGCUCUCCGAAACCCCCUCCAUCUCCUCCACUGCCCCCAAUGGUGGAGUCAUACCUGCUGAACGACCUCACUCUGGAGCAUGACUCUGCUGAUCCCAAUGACUACCUUGAUGUUGUAAACCAUGAAGUGGAUCGACAAGAAGAGCUGGAAUAUGAGGAAGUGGAGCUUUAUAAGUCCAGGCAGCAGGACAAGCUUGGCUUGACAGUGUGCUACCGCACUGAUGAUGAGGAGGACCAGGGUAUCUACGUAGGGGAGGUCAAUCCCAACAGUAUAGCUGCCAAAGAUGGACGCAUCCGAAAGGGUGACAGAAUACUACAGAUAAAUGGAGUUGAUGUCCAGAAUAGAGAAGAGGCAGUGGCCAUCCUUACCCGAGAAGACAGCACAAAUUUUUCACUGCUACUGGCCAGACCAGAGAUGGAGAUGGAGACUCAAAUGGAUCCUGAGGACCUGGAUUUCGAGUUACCAGUAGGCAUGAGUGUGGACACUCUAAACAGCUCGCACUUAUCCAAUCUAUACCAUCAUCGGCAGCAAAGAGCCCAGAUGGGCAUUCAUGAGGUCCCACUACACAGCGAAACACCCUUGCUAAGCCUGACCACCCUCAAUAACAGCCAGGAGCUGGACAGUGGCGUGGGCCGCACAGAUGAGAGCACCAAGAAUGAGGAAUCAUCCGAGCAUGAUAUACUCCUUGGCGACGAGCAGACCAGUGCCUCCAAUACCAACACCACUAAUACACCACACAGCCUCCGCAAGUUCAGGCCUGGCAGGGGCAGUGGAGGUGGGGGGGAUACUCCAUCACCAUUACUCCAUAUCAGAGAACUCCACUUCAGCACAGACUCUCUGGAUUGUGGUGGCGCAGGGGGAGGAUACAUCCAUGAUCCAGUGAGUGCCAUGAUGAUGCCCGGCCUGACUGAAGAGGAGUGUGAGAGGUACCGAGAGUUGCUAGAGAUCAAAUGUCGUUAUGAAAGAAAUAUGAAGAAUGGCAAUGCAGGGAAAAGCGCUGAGGAAAGAAGGAAGAGGGAAGGAGAAGGGGAGGAUGAGGAGGAAGAAGACAAAGAGGUAUCUUUGGAUGAAAACUCUAAUGAGAGCCUGACUCCACAUGAGAUGGCACUCUUGGAGGAGGAGCUACGGCACCUUGAAUUCAAGUGUCGGAACAUUCUUCGUGCACAGAAGAUGCAGCAGCUACGAGAGCGCUGCCUGAAGGCAUGGCUGCUGGAGGAGGAGGCUUCAGCAAGGGGGUCUACUGACCUACAGGGCUCCUCACACCAUGAGCUGUCAGAUAUCAAAGAACUCCCUGAGAGAGAGCGAUCAGACAAGGACACCAGCAGUGCUUACAACACUGGAGGAGAAAGCUGCAGGAGCACACCUUUGGUGAGUGAUCACCUCUCUCCUGUUGCUCAGAUAGACGAGUCUGGUUGUCCUCUGCAGGUAAGGCACAGAGACCGACCCAGCUGGAGUGAGAGGGGUCGUGGCACACUCAGUUAUUCACCCAAUAGCUACAAGAAGUUCCACAUGAACACCAAUAUCAACCAGAAGUUCCACUCUCUGUCUCGGGAGGGGACCACUCGUUCAUUAGCGGAUGGUGACACACAGGGCAGGAGCUCGAGAGCCAACAGCAUUCAUGAAAGAACUGGUGGCCGUAGUGCUGAAUCUAGUCCUUACUUUACCCGACGACAUCACUCUAACCGACCUAAGCCUGAGCGCUACCAGAGCUGCAUGCAGCUAGGCUCCUCAUUCACAGAGAGCACUAUGGAUAGAACUGUGGAAGGGGAGAGUGAGGCUCCAGUUGGCAGUAGUGGCCGGGCAAGCCCUAUGAGUUUAGCAAACAGCACUCUUAGCCCCAUGCUUCACACCAGCCCAGUAAAACACUCCUUGGAUUUGCCUCUGCCACUUCCACCUGCCUCACCACGCAUGGAGUGGAAGGUGAAGAUCCGUAGUGAUGGCACACGUUAUGUAGUAAAACGACCUGUCCGUGAUCGCCUACUGAAGGCCCGUGCCAUGAAGAUCUGUGAGGAGCGUAGUGGCAUGACCACUGAUGAUGAUGCUGUAAGUGAAAUGAAAAUGGGGCGGUACUGGAGCAAAGAGGAGCGAAAGCAACAGUUGUUGAGGGCUCGCGAGCAACGUCGACGACGUGAGUUUAUGAUGCAAUGUCGACUAGAUUAUCUCCGUAAUCGAGGCCAAGACCCAGGAAAGGAUGGCCAACAGGAGUCAGGUCAGGCCGCUACCUCCAUUCUAGAGAUAAGCCAAAAGAAGAGUUCAAAGAAGCGCAACCGUCGCAUCUUGGACAAUUGGAUCACCAUCCAAGAGCUCCUGGCUCAUGGUUCUCGCUCUCCAGAUGGGACAAGAGUCUACAACCCCCUUCUGUCUGUCACUACUGUCUAAGAGAAAAGCACAGAAAAAGCUUGAACAAUCUCACAAAAUUCUCUGUAGCACAUCACCAUUACAUAAAAGCAGCAUAAAAGUAACAAGCACAAUUUUUAGACUACAUCUCUGGUGCUCUGCCAGUGUUGAUUUCAACCAAGCCUUGAUUUGGGGUAAAUGUGCUUAUUUUCCUAACAUGUAGAUGCUCUGGUUUUAACAUCUAGCUAGCUGGCUAUUUUACUUAUUUAAUUACUUACAUAAUAUCAAACAUAAAGCCUUAUGUUUUGCUUCCUUUAGACUAAGAAUAUGCUUAGCCAAUAGUCUGGAUCAUGUCUUUUAUGAAACUACCAAAAACACAGGAAAUAUUAGACCUCAGCAACACCUUAAACAUUUAUCAAAAUAUGCUUUAUUUAAGCAUGUUACAGAUGAUACAGCAUGUCUUAACUGGAGCUGUCUUGGUGCUACUUUCUAAGCUAAUUUCACUAAGCAUCAACUCCAACCUCAAAAUAAACUGCAAAGUGACAAAACAUGUAGUAGCGUCUACACACAUAUAUAGUGACGCUGGAAAACUGCUUAGCCAAUUUUAUUACCCAUGAGAACUUAAAAUUAUAACAAACGCUUGUAGCAACUAAAAAUUCAUUUAUUAGGUUCUUAUUUUAGUCAUAUCAUAUUUAAUGGUAUGAGGGAAUCUGGAAUCUAGGCACACUGGUCUGCUAAAGAUGGCAUCAGGUGCUUCUAAAAUAACUUUUUCAAACUUUGCAAACCUUUGGAUGGCAAAGUUACUCCGGCACAAAUUUUAUGACAGCACAAUGAAUACCCAGGCACAGAACCAGUACCUGUGUGUAUUCUACCUAUUACAUACCCUCAUACGUAAACUGUUAAGACAAAGUAAAUUCUGUAACUAGACUGUUGUUUUGACAAAUAUCUGUGGUUUCCAUCAAGAGAAUGCCAAGUUACAACAGAAAAGCACACAGCAAGAAAGAUCUAAAUUCACUCCAUGUUUCGUGUCAUUAUACAAACAAUUACAAAUUGGAGCUCCUUAAUACUGUAACUAUAGAAUCCUGUAAUGGUUAUUUAACUACCCUCAAAACCCAUAGCAGAAAAAAAGGAAGUAAAUACCAGUUCGUGCCAGAGACUACAUUUGAGAACCAGUGAGGUUGCUGAGACAACAUGGUGCUAAAUCGGCAUGGUGCAUGUUGGAAAAAAUACAGCCUAUACCCUAUAAACUAGGACAAGGUGAAUGUGCUUGAAAACACCAAGACCAGCGUAACAUGGACACAACGGAGCAACGCCUUUUUUGUUCAUUCAGAGUAAGGUUACACAAUAUGAUUAUAUACACAAGAUUAUAUUGCUACAUAUUGUGACUGUGGUAUACCUUGCAAUAUGUUAAAAACACUGAUGAACCCUUAAUGUGACAUAGUUAAAGCCUUGAAACACUGGUGUGAAUUAUUAACUAUUUAUGAUAUUGGUUGGCGUGAUUCUUCACACUCAAACAGAAUGGUAAUAUUGGUUAAGAUAAUCACAGCAGACAAAUAAAAUAGGAAUUAUAGGGAUAAUUUCAAUGAUAUCAGUGAUAUCAUCUGUUAUAUCAGUAUAGAAAAGGCAAAGAUAAUAUUAACAAUGCGAUACACUGUGAGUGAUACACUCACUGGCCACUUUAUUAGGAACACCGGUACAACUGCUCAUUCUUGCAAUUAUUCAAUCAGCCAAUAGUGUAGUAGCAGUGCAUAAAAUGCACUGUAUUUGCAUAAAAUACUGUGCAAAUACAGGACAAGAGCUUAAUGUUCACGGCAAUUGUGAGAAAGUGGAAAAAAUGUGAUCUCAGUGACACUGACUAUGGCCUGGUCUGAGUAUUUCAGAAACUGCUGAUCUUCUGGGAUUUUCCCACACAUCAGUCUCUAGAGUUUACACAGGAUGGUGCAAAAAACAAACAAACAAAAAAAAACCCCAAA